AUGGACUGCUUUCAAACUGUUAGUCAUCUCAAAGGUUCUCUGUGCUGUCAGUUAUUAUUAUUCUUUAUCUGGUUAUCAAGUUUUCAAGAAGCAGUGGCAUUGCAGACAGUCUAUGCGGAAAGUCAUGUUUCCUCCAUUCCAGAUCUAGCUAAACCACCUACUAGUGGACUCUUUGGUCCCAUAGAAAUAUCACCUGCUGUUAUUCCACAUUACACAGAUCCUGAUGAGUCUUUUCCACCAAUGUACCCAACUUUUCCAACUAGAUAUGAGCCUGUUUUAACUGGGAAGUGUCCUGUAAAUUUCUCUGCUAUAUCAAGUAUCAUGGACAAAACUGCAUCUGAUUGUUCUCUACCCUUGGCAGCAGUUGUAGGAAAUGUGAUAUGUUGCCCACAGUUUAGUAGUUUGAUCCGCAUCUUCCAGGGUCUCUAUAGCUUCUCAUCUGAUAAGAUGGCUUUGCAAAAUUCGGUUGCAAAUGAUUGUUUUACAGACAUUAUCAAUAUCUUAGCCAGUAGGGGUGCGAACAGUACAAUACCAACACUUUGCUCCAUAAAUUCAGUAAACCUUACAGGUGGGUCUUGUCCAGUGAAGGAUGUUGUUUCCUUUGAGAAAGCAGUAAAUUCAAGCAGAUUACUGGAGGCCUGCACCACUGUUGAUCCUCUUAAAGAGUGCUGCAGACCAAUUUGUCAGCCUGCAAUCAUGGAUGCUGCACUUAAGAUUUCAGGAAAACAAUUUUCAUUGAACGAGAAUAAGAAUUUGGUGGGUGAGUUAUCUCAUGUUGAUACUUUGACUGACUGUAAAGGAGUGGUUUUUACCUAUCUUUCAAGGAAACUCUCGCCAGAUGCUGUAAAUACUGCAUUUCGAAUAUUAUCUGCCUGCAAAGUUAACAAAGUUUGCCCUUUGGAUUUUAAGCAGCCUACGGAAGUGAUUAAAGAAUGUCGCAAUGUUGCUGCCCCCGCUCCUUCCUGCUGUAGCUCAUUAAACUCUUACAUCGCAGGAAUACAAAAGCAAAUGUUAAUUACAAAUAGACAAGCUAUAGUCUGUGCUACAAUGUUUGGGUCCAUGUUGAGGAAAGGAGGGGUCAUGUCUAAUAUUUAUGAGCUUUGUGAUGUUGACUUGAAAGACUUUAGCAUUCAAGCAGCAUAUGGUCAACAAGGGUGUCUACUUCGAAGCUUGCCCUCAGAUAUGAUAUUUGACAAUUCAACCGGCUACAGCUUUACAUGUGAUUUGAGUGACAACAUUGCAGCACCAUGGCCUUCGUCAUCCUCAAUUUCCUCGUUCUCCCUUUGUGGGCCUGAGAUGUCAUUGCCUGCACUACCAACAUCGGAGACUUUUAAAAAUCCUGGCUGUCGUGGUGGUCGGUACCUUGUUGUACUGAAGAGAUUUAGCUGA